CGUUUUCCUCUCGGCUCCCGCCCCGCUCCGCCAUCAUGAAGUCCUGAACAAAAACGGAUGAGGUCCGAGCAAAAUGGGAAUAGCACGGAGCGGAGAGGAAGCUCGGCGAUAGCGCUAGCGAAAUGUGAAUGCGAACCGGAGCGGAGUGGUGGCUUUUAACGAGCAAGUCUCCCCGCCGAUAAACGUCCCCUAUCAGCUCCUGGCGUUGACGCUAUUCGGUUAGCAGCGGUGCUAGCAGCAGCCCGGAGCCUUGGCCCUGAUUUUUCUCCGUUAGUUAGCUCCGCUUGUGGGUUAGCUGGCAGCCGUCAAGUCAGCUAGCUGUCAGCCUAGACUGACUGACACUUCACUCAUGUCAAGUGGAAAAGAGGUGCUAGCUACUGGAAGCACCAUGAUGGCUGGGGGUUUAGCUAAAACAUCGACGGACAGGCAGAAUGUGGUCUGUUCGUGUUGAUUAGAAACCGGGGAGGAGAGGAUAGGACAGUGUGGGGGGGAGAGAAAUCAAGAUUUUCCUGCCUGGCCAGUCAGCUAGCUCUAGAGCUAGCUACAGUGGAUCCCAAAAGCCACGGCGCUGGCCAUGCCCUCGAGUGUGCGGGCCGGGAGCCUGAAGGACCCGGAGGUGGCAGAGCUGUUCUGCAGGGAGGACCCUGAGAAGCUCUUCACGGACCUGAGGGAGAUAGGCCAUGGGAGCUUUGGAGCGGUCUACUUUGCUCACGACAUCCGCACAAAUGAGGUGGUGGCCAUCAAGAAGAUGUCCUACAGCGGCAAGCAGUCCAACGAGAAAUGGCAGGAUAUCAUCAAGGAAGUGAAGUUCCUACAGAAGCUGCGCCAUCCCAACACUGUGGAGUAUCGAGGCUGCUACCUGAGAGAGCACACAGCCUGGCUGGUGAUGGAGUACUGUUUGGGUUCAGCGUCUGACCUGCUAGAAGUCCACAAGAAACCCCUCCAAGAGGUGGAAAUAGCUGCCAUUACCCACGGUGCUUUGCAGGGACUGGUGUAUCUUCACUCUCACAACAUGAUUCACAGGGAUGUGAAAGCAGGAAACAUCUUGCUCACAGAACCGGGUCAGGUCAAACUGGGAGACUUCGGCUCUGCUUCCAUUGUUGCUCCAGCUAACUCUUUUGUGGGAACACCAUACUGGAUGGCCCCUGAGGUGAUCCUGGCCAUGGAUGAGGGACAGUACGACGGGAAGGUGGAUGUGUGGUCACUUGGCAUUACCUGCAUAGAGCUGGCGGAGAGAAAGCCUCCUCUGUUCAACAUGAAUGCUAUGAGUGCCUUAUACCACAUCGCCCAGAAUGAGAGCCCCGUGUUGCAGUCAAAUCACUGGUCAGAUUAUUUCCGGAAUUUUGUGGACUCUUGUUUGCAGAAGCUCUCCCCGGACAGACCUACCUCUGAUGUGCUGCUUAAGCACCACUUCCUAUGCAGAGAGCGUCCAAUGACUGUAGUGAUGGACCUGAUCGCACGAACCAAGGAUGCUGUCCGGGAGCUCGACAAUCUGCAGUACCGCAAGAUGAAGAAAAUCCUGUUUCAUGAGGCCCACAAUGGUCCAGCACCAGAAGGAGGCGAUGAGGAAGAGGAUGUGGAAGGGUACAUGUUGCGCACCGGGACAGUGAACAGUAUGGAGAGCUCCCACUCUCUGCCGUCCAUGUCUAUCAGCGCCAGCUCUCAGAGCAGCUCGGUCAACAGCCUGGCAGACGGUUCGGAUGACAGCGGAGAGAUGGUCAUGAUGCAGGAGGGAGAGCACACUGUCACCUCCAACAGCUCAGUCCUGCACAAACCUCUGAGCCAUGACAACAUCUACGAUGACCCAUAUCAGCCAGAAGUGGACUCUCAACGGGAAGCUUCGUCUGGUGGCGGCGGAGGAGGGGGAGGGGGAGGCGGCGGCAGGCGGCGACGCCGGGACCACUUUGCCACCAUCAGGACCGCCUCAUUGGUCACUCGUCAGAUUCAGGAACACGAGCAGGGCUCGGCUCUCAGAGAGCAGAUGUCGGGGUACAAACGUAUGCGGCGGCAGCACCAGAAGCAGCUGAUGGGUCUGGAGAACAAGCUGAAAUCAGAGAUGGACGAGCACCAGCUGAGACUGGAUAAAGAGCUGGAAAACCAAAGGAAUAAUUUCUCCAUGGAGCUGGAAAAACUGUCAAAGAAGAACCAGGCUGUCCUGGAGAAGGAGACAAAGGCUGUGGUAACAGAGGAGAAGAAGUUCCAGCAGCACAUCCUGGGCCAGCAGAAGAAGGAGCUGACCAGUCUGCUGGAUUCCCAGAAACGCCAGUACAGACAGCGCAAAGAGCAGCUUAAAGAGGAGCUGAACGAGAACCAGUCCACACCGAAGCGGGAGAAGCAGGAGUGGUUGGUGCACCAGAAGGAGUGUAUGCAGCAGCUGCAGGCAGAAGAAGAAGCCGGGCUGCUGCGGAGGCAGAGGCAGUAUUAUGAGCUCCAGAGUCGGCAGUACAAGAGGAAGAUGCUGCUGGGCCGCCACAACCUGGAGCAAGACCUGCUCAGAGAGGAGCUCAACAAGAAGCAGACUCUGAAGGACCUGGAGUGUGCCAUGCUGCUGCGCCACCACGAGUCGACGCAGGAGCUGGAGUUUCGCCAGCUGGGCGUGGUGCAGCGGACGCGGGCCGAACUGAUCCGCACGCAGCACCAGACGGAGCUCACCAACCAGAUGGAGUACAACAAGAGGCGCGAGCAGGAACUGAGACAGAAACACGCCGUGGAGGUCCGGCAGCAGCCCAAAAGCCUCAAAGUGAGUGAGAGCGCCCAGAGCCAGGGUUCGCCUGAGGAGGGUCCCGUCGGGAGCUGGGACGAUGAGGCGGUACCCGGGAAUAAUGAGUUAGUAGAGGGGGAUGGAAUGAUGGAGCAGGAAGAGCUCAGAGAUGGUGAUGAUUUUAGAGAAGAGGAGGUGGAUGGAGGGCAUGUCUCAGAUAGUGAAAGGAAGUAUGAGAUGGAUGAGGUUAGUGAAAGGAAGGGAAGUGAUGUAAGAGAAGAUGAAGAUGUUGAGGAGAGGGAAGUAGAGGGGGUACGGUGGGAGGACGAGGAAAUGCAGGAUAAGAUUUGUCACAUUGACACUGAUGAAGAGGAAGAGGAGAGCCGAGGCGUGGCCGACGGAUGUCCAUCAGAGCUCAUCUCCUCCCCAGAAAGGAGGCGGCACCGCGAGCGACAGCUGGAUGAGCUUUCAGAGUUUUAUUUUCCUGAAACCCUGGAGGAGCUGGAGCCCGUUCCCGUCUCCUCUCCUCCUACUGCUCCCCCCGCCCAGACCUCCUUUCCCUCCCUCUUUUCUCACGCCAUCUGCCUCCUCCUUUCCCUCUCUGCCGCCGCCCAGCCCUCCAACCUCACCCUGCUGCUGCUCUCCAUCUUCCUGCUCUCGCUCCGCCGCUCUCCCCCCCUGCCCUCCGUGGCCUCGGUGGUGCUUUCGGCAGAGCUGGCCUUCUUGGCGCUCUUCUUCUCGUACCUUCUGCUGCGGUCGUGCUGCUCGCUGUCUCUCUCCACCUUCCUGUCACUCAGCCUCUGGGGCAGCGGUCUCUUCAGUUUAGGCCUGUCCUUCAGUUUAGGGAUCUACUACAUCCCCAUCAUUUUAAUCUCUGCCUCUUUCCUCAGCUCUCCCUCCCUCUUUCUCUCUCUCUAUCUGCUUGUGGUUCUUGUCGUCAGACCGGCCCGCAACUUCUUCCAACAGGCUCCUCGUAAACUCAACCGCUUGUGCAUGCGUGUGCUUUUCCGCCUGCCCCGCCCUCUGUUUGCCAUGUGCCAGUCGGUGUUGGGUGGCAUGGCGGAGCGAAACCUUUACGAGAUGUUCCCCAAAGCUGGCCGCAACUGGGGCGUCCGUCAGUCCAGGAUCCCUGUCCCUUUAAAGAGCCUGCCGUCUGAGCAUCUGGCUCAUUGCAGCAGCACCUCUCAUCUAGCUAAGCUGCUGCUGUGGCUGAGGCGUUUUAGCAGACGCCCACUCGGCGUGCUAGCGGACUUUGCUAACACUAUCAUCCUAAAACUCGCCAGGCAGAUCCUUAAAAGCCUACCGCUCCGUUUCCGGGUUAAACUCCAAACCCUGGGCGUCCUGAAGAAGGAGCUGCCCAGCAGGUUGCCUCGGCUCUUGCCCAGGGAGGUCCGAGAGAGGAGGCAGAGGGAGAGAAGAAGGAGAGAGAGGGAGAGGAAGAGGAGGGAGGAGAGGGACAGGAUGUAUCGAGAGGAGGGGAGAUGGGAAUGUGGACUUAGGAGAACUGCAUCUGGAAGGUUUGUGAAGGGGAAAAUGCGGCCGUGGAGAUAGCAGAAGGUGAAGGAAAGCGUGUGUUUGAGCUUAUUGAUCAUCAUCAUCACUUUAGGAUCCCUCCUGUUAGAUGAUUCCCCCAAACAGGUUCAUGGUCACAUUUCUGAUUCCCUGAAAUGGUUUCAGGUCUGAACAAGCAGUGAAUCUUUCCCAUUUCCCUAUUGUGCUUUUUGUAAAAGUUCUUAAAAAAAUUCAUCAAUUAUUAUUUUGUUCUUAAUUUCUAAGAAGAAUCUUUUUUAUGGUUAUUUUAAGACCGUUUUAAUUUUUUUUUUUCUUCUGUUAUUUUUGUGCAAUCCUGUGUUUUCCUUUAUAGUGGUUUUAUCUGAAUGUGCGCACUAGUUUGCCAGUGCUUAGAACAAAUAUGUCAGUGUUACUCUCCACAAAUGAAACUUCACUCCUUACUGCUAAACAAGCUGUGAAAAUAAAAAGGGUUUUGAUUUCAGAGCGAUUUCACUAACGUCACACUGAACACUAGCUAUCAGUCAGAAUAAAAGUGCAAUAAAGGGACGAGUAGAUGUACAGCGCCAGACUAAUUUACUGUCCCCAUGUUAGAUGAAAGUGACCCUCAAAUCCAUCCCUUAACGACGAAGUCAAUUGAUGAAAAUCAAACCUUUCAGUUUAAAUGUGUUUCUUUUUAAAUGGAAAAGCUCAGAAGAAAUAGAAAAGUUUUUUUCUCCUUAAUAUAUAUAGGAGACGUGGGCCCAGAGCAUCACAGAUCCUCCACCAUACUUAACAUUGGACAAAUGCUCUGAUGCUUAGAACAGAAAACAGAUUAAUUCAUUAUGAUGAUAAAUGCCUAAUUACCUGGCACUUUCUCUGUUUUCCCCAUUUUAAGAGUGGUUACAAGAAGGUGCAUGUAUACCAGGACAUUUAUACCUCUGCUAAUCUGCAGUGGAUCUAUCAUUAAACGCUCCCAGAGCCACCAAUCUUUUUUUUAUUAUUUAAAGCCUUAGGUUAAAACAAAUAUUUAGUCACAUUGAUUUCAUAUAACCAGUCUGGGAUGGCUUUAAACACGGGAGUUAUUUCCUGCUAAAUUCAUAUAUUUAAACUUAAAGUUGUUGUUUUUUCCUUAAUUUUCCUAGAUUUUCUGGAGUAAUAAAAUAUACAGUUCAUUUAAACUCAUUAAAAUACAAUAAUGUGCCAAUAAAAUAUUGACGCCGCGUUUAAAAGCUAGCUUCAUAAAGCAUUUGAAAUCAGCCUUCUUCGCCCAUCGCCUUUACGUUUGCGAUCUUAUUGCGCUCAAUGCAAUAGCCUUAUGAUUUACAAUGUAAACAUUUCCCCCUUUUUCAAUGUUAAAGUGCCUACUUUCAACUGUUUGCACAAAUCUUAAUCUGUUGUGAAGAAAGGUAGCAUAUAAGAGAAAACGUAUAAAAACUAAGAUAUAUCAUGUAGUACUUAUAGCUUAAUAUAUUUAAUAUAUCAGCAUGACUUUAUUUUAUUGAAGCCAUAUUGCUUUGACAAUCAUUUGAAAUAUAUAAAGCCACAUUAUGUGAAUGUGACGGACAGUGCGGCUCGUUACCAAAAGAUAAAAGUCUGGAAAUAUUAACAUUUCCCGUCUCUCUUUCCUAAAGGUGGUUUCAUUCUUUAUAAGAAAAAGAGGGCAAACAAGGAAGAAAAGAUUUAUCAGAUUUAUUUAUUCUUUUUUAUCAAAGUCAGGUCUUUAAAACCUCCAGCAUUGGUGCAGCUACACUUCACCUAAUGUGUCCUUAUUUCUAUCAGGAACCAAAGAUUUAUAGUGACCAAGCUAAAUGAUGGAAGAUUAAAAACUUCCUGUCUUUCUAAAAGCUAAACCAAAGGGCUAUUUUUCUAUCACCUCUUGCUUAACUGCUACCAAAAUGUCUGCAAAGUUCAGGGCUUUUAUGCAUAGAUGGCAGAGGUUUAAUCUGGAUCCAGUGAGACGGUUAGAAAAGCUAGCUGUACAGUGAAAAUGAAGGAAUUAACAGCUGUGCUUCUGGAGGAGAUUUAAGCCAUGAUGGAGGAUAAAACGACUAAAAGAAAAAGUCGUUUUCGCUGUGAAAUGACCCCAAAGUGGAGCUUUAAAAGAAAAAUCUGCUUUUUUGAAUGUAUCUUGCCAUUGAUUUGCAUCUUUGUUCAGUUAUCACCCAUGUUUACAUGUUGCAUUGUGUUUUAUCAUGACUGAGUUUUGACUUCCUAUAAUUAUAUCCCUGUUUUUUUUAUUUUGUUUUUAUUUAUGCAGUAUUUCUAAAAGUAAUGCUGCAUUGUUGCCUUACUUCUUCUUGUCCUCCUUUAGCUGCAGGACUGAAGGCAUUCUGUAACGCUGUGUGCUCCCAAGCAAUGAAAAACAUUUUUUUGUUAUAUUUAGAUUUUUUAUUUGCACAG